AUGCCCACGCCCACCAUUGCGCCUGCUCCCACCGUCGUGCCUGUGUCCACCGUCAUGCCCACACCCACCGUCAUGCCCACUCCCACCAUCAUGCCCGCGCCCACUGUCGUGCCUGCUCCUACUGUCGUGCCCGCGCCCACCGUCGUGCCCACACCCACCAUCGUGCCUGCGCCCACCAUUGUGCCUGCACCCACCGUCGUGCCUGCGCCCACCGUCGUGCCCGCACCCACCGUCAUGCCUGCGCCCACCGUCGUGCCCGCGCCCACUGUUGUGCCCGCGCCCACCGUCGUGCCUGCUCCUACUGUUGUGCCCGCGCCCACCAUCGUGCCCGCGCCCACCGUCGUGCCUGCUCCCACUGUCGUGCUCGCGCCCACCGUCGUGCCCGCGCCCACCAUCAAGUGCGUACCGUCACCUAAUCACGUGUAG